CUUUAAUUACCAUCAAUUUUAGGUCCGCAAUAUUGUAUAUUGAAGUUAAUAGAAGCCGAUAUUGUAGGAUUAUAAAAUUAAUGCAAUAUGCUUCAUAUUAUUGAUAAUGAAGAAAAUAUAUGAUUGGCAUUGAAUAUGGAUAUAAGGACAAAAAUGCAAAAUAAAAAUCAUUUACUUGAAAGUUUCAUUAGACCACUGACCACUCGAACUGGAAGUUGUCCAGAGCUUUCUACCCUGGGUAGAAAAAAUGAUUCAAUAAAGAAAAUUGAUAAUUCAAGAGAUGUGUCUCGCGAAAGCUCAUGUUCUCCUAUUGAUGUUGUGCGUGAUACAACUCCGAACUUAUUCGGAACUUCCAAUGUGUCAUCUAAAGCUAUAAAUGAAGAGGUUGGAACAAUCGACUUAAGUUCAACAGCAAUUAAUAUGAAAAAUAUUGUUUCCUUAAAUCAAGAAAUUAACGAAGAUGUUCCUGGGCCUUCAAAUUCAUGUUUUGAUAGUGAAAUUGAUUCAAAUAGUUUUGAACAAGAAAGACUUUUGAAUCCGCAAAAGCAGGUUAUUGUUCAACCUGGUAAAGGAUCAUGGAUGUUGGUUCGCGGUGAUGGCAAAGUUUUAUUAGAAACAACAGCUGAUGAACGAAAACCGAAUGAUCUUUUUAUUGUACAUCAAUCAUCACAAGAAAGUGCGAACAUUUCUAAUUUUUCUCUUCCACUGUCUUGGAUAAAUGCAGUAUCAAAUACAGUAUCUACCUCACCCAAUACACGACAGGGCCAAAAGGUGUUAGUCGUCGAUGAACCUUCUAGUCGUCGCUCGACCGGGUCACCUCCUGAAAUGACCCACAAGUUAGUAAACACGAGAAGGCGAUCAAGAAACGUGACAAUAAACAGGACAAUUAGAGACAAAUUGGCACCUCUAGUGCUUACAGAUAGUGACGUUGUUCCUUUAGACUUGACGUCAAAAAGUCAAAGUUCAAUGGUGUCAUCAAGUAUUAACACGCAAAAACGAACACAUAAAGAAAUUAACAAUACUGGUAAAAGUGUUGAUAAAGUUGUCGAUGAACUUACGAAAAGGAGAACGCAGUUUGCAAAUGUAAAAAGUUUGUCAGAAAGCACAGUGAAAGAAGCAAAUUCGAUAUUUGAUAAUUUCCACAGUCAUGCGUCACCAUCAAUAUUAUCAAAGUCACUUCCUAACUACUCGCAUGUUGUUUCUUCUUUUCGACCAUUGGAAAUGGAAGAUAUUUACUCAAAUGGACAUUCAAGUGGAGAGAAUAUUGAUAUGGAUUCGCCGAGUUUUGUAGUUCAACGAAGAACAUAUGACAGACGGCAUAUUGAUAUUGUUAAAUCUGAAUUUGAAGAUGAAAUAAGGAAGUUGCAAUCAAAAAAAGACACUGAUCAAAUGUUUAAAAAUGAGGAACAGGUUCCAUCUCACUCAAACAGACUGCAAAAUAUAGCAUCCAGUUUAUCACAACCAAGUCAGCCUGGACGAAGCCAAGAUGAUAGUUUUAUCGGCAAGAAAAGACGAGUUCAUUUCUGUGAUUUUCAAGGAUGUGGGAAAGCCUAUACUAAAAGUUCGCACCUGAAAGCACAUAGACGAACACACACAGGCGAGAAGCCAUAUAGAUGUACUUGGAACGGAUGCACUUGGAAGUUUGCUCGAUCCGAUGAACUCACACGACAUUAUCGUAAACACACAGGAUACAAACCUUUUCGUUGUCAUCGUUGCGAUAGAGCUUUUUCUCGUUCUGAUCAUCUCGCUUUGCAUAUGAGAAGACAUCAAGUAUCUUAGUACUACUUCUUCGAAGUGACAAGGUUUUUUGCUUUAUGACUCACUGGUGGGAAUGAAGUUUAAGAUGAAAAGUCUACAAAAUCAGCUAAUUGCUGAUUUACAACCCGCUUAUAAUCAAGUUAUAUUCAGAAAGAAGCGGAAAAUUUCCCAUCUGAUCAAGACUUCAAGGGGUGAUAUCAUCACAUACAUUUUGGGGCGCUCCAGAAGUGUGUGUACCGAUAUGGAGGUAACUAAUUUCGUUCCCUCACUCUACAUCUAGUUGUGUAAAGGGACUCAAACCUAAGGGCAGGGGGUGUAUUCACUUGGCUAACACAAACAGUCCCGAACUCAUAAUAGAACUAAAAUAAGGAAAAUCGGAAUAAAAUUAUGGCCUAACCCUAACCUGGUACACGCACUACAGGAGUACCCAUUUUGGUGUCUAUUAUCCACAAUGUGUUUUUGUACCUAUUGUUGGGGCGAUGCAUCUUUUUGAGCUAAGAUAAGACUAAGUAUAUUUAAUUGUUUUAAAUUUAAGCAGAAAUUGUUUGUUAUUACAGUGACUCCUUUUGCAAUCAUUUAAGAAGUGACAGAUUUUAUUUGUUUUUGAUUUGACACUCAUUUACAUUGACCUUCAAUCCGAGUUUCUCGGACACAAAUUUUUGAAGAAUCCAAUCUUUCUGUGGAGUGUUCACUUCAAGCAUGAUUCUUAAGAACAACAGCAGUUUGUGAUCAGAAAAAACGGGGUCGGUGAACACACUUUGGUAUUAUUAGACAACUGGAAGUCCAAACGUAUCUAUUUCUAUGCGAUAUUAAGGAUUCUGUGUGUAAAUAUAUAUAGGAAAAAAAGAAAAUAUUCUGCAUAAAAUAUCUAAUAUGCAGUUAAAAAAGUUCAUCUUACUCCAAAUUGUAGGUGUGUUAUUAUAUUACAGUAUUGUCCUUAGUUAGGUGUUAAGAAAUUAUCUUUGAGAAGGUGGAAAAUAUUUAAUAAAUAUAAGCAUUGUUUGUUAUUCAACAAUUUUGCAAAUAGCAGUGAUAAAAGUAUUUAGGCGGAUAAUAGAUUUCUAUCGAUCUUAAUUGGUCUAUAGCCCUGCAAGGCAGUUUGCUCUAAGCAUGUUAACAAAUUAAUAUUGUUCAAAAUAUUUGGUCAUUAAAGGAAAUCAUGGAAUUCCCAAAUACAAAGAUAUUUAGUUGACUUUUUACUAAAUUUUUGGAGCUCCUGAAUUAUUUGCACCAAGAUGGCGCACAACCUGAACGUAGUAUGUGUACCAGGUUAUGGUUCAGGUUGUGCCUCCGGGAGCGCCAAAUUUAUUUAUGUGCCCUUACUUACAUGCCUUCAAAAUUAUUUUGUGUGAAGUCAAAAAGAGACCAUUCUCAGUGACACAGCUCUGCAGGCGUGGCAAUGCUGAGUGUGGAACAAAGAUCUAACUUUAAGAUUACUACAGCCAUAAUAAGCAUGGUUACUGUCCCAAAUACAUGCAUAUAUACCUUUGAAUCGCUGUCAAGACGUUUUUGUGUUGGCUGUUUGUUGUAGCAACCAAACCAACCAAUUGCACAUAUUCCAAAUUUAUCCACUUAUCUUAACUGAUCAGAUGCAUAUUAAAGUUUUGUUGAUGCAUUAAAAUAUAAUUGCAUAUAUUUUAAUGCAAUCAAUACUUCUGUUUAGGCUGGCGACUGUUGGUUUUUCAUUUUAAAUUUCAGCUUCUGAACUAUUCUCCUCUUAUAUAAUCAGACAUGUAUAGGGUGUCCAUGAAGUCUUGAAAUUUUUUAAAAUUGCCAAUGGAAUUUAUCGAUACCACAUAUUGUUUUGGCUCUCUCAGAUGUAUUAAAUGAAGUUGAAAAUAAACAAUUACUGAUUAAAAAACGACAAACCUGGUUAAGUUAUAUUGAGAACUGACUGCAUAACCAAAUUGAAUUUGUAAAGAGACUUUAUGAACAUUCUGUAUAUUACAAACACGUACAUGAUCUAUUCAACUGGAGGGUAUACAAAAUUCCUGAUAACUAAUCAGAGUUUCAAGAUAUUUUUGAUCUACCUUUUACAGUAUGUUCAAUUUCUUUCGAGUAUUACUUUUAUUUUUGCUUCAUUCAAUCAAAGCAUUUUGAAUUACAUUGUAAACUGCGAUUUUGUGAUAUUUACUUUUAAAAUUUAGACAAUUUGUUGGUUCCUGAUUACCCAGUUAUAUAUUUGCUAUACAUCCUAUUUUGGCCGUUAACUAUUUGUACAAGUACUGUUUCAAUUAUUUUGUUUAAAGCUGUUGCAACACAUUGCUAUAAAAAUGCUUGCAUUAUAGCCUUAUAGCUUCAGAGUUCUAAAAGGUGUUUCUUGUUGUGACAUUGGCAAACUAUUAGUUUGCCAAAGUAAGGGUGCCAUGUUCACAACACGCCGCAAGUACUUCUAGUUGGCGUUGCAUAACUAUUUUACUCCUAACCCCCACCUGACUAUGUCGUUCAAUUACGUCACAGCAACGCAAUAAGGUGCUCCAAACUAUAUUAACUGUCAUCCAAGACGGGCAGACAAUCACCCGAAAUCGAGCAAGCUAUUUCCAGUAAUCUUUAGAUGGUGGAGCCACGUGGGGUUAGGAAUAACAUAUGCAAAAAUGGUUGUGCCACACCAAAUAGAAGACCCUACUUACGUCGUUUAGUUAACAUGCGCCAAAGUAUGUCCCUAGUUUCGACAUCUGGGGACAUCACAAGGAAAUUUAGUCUUUGGAUCAUUUUUAAUUGCCAUAACAAUAAAUAAAACUACAGACGGAGUCUACUGCUUUGUGCCUGUAGUCGGGCAAUUGUGAUUCAAUUAGGAUAAUCAUAGUCUGGUUUGAUGGUAUUAUGUGUCUGUACUUAUGUGCCGAGUUCUAGUUUCCAAAAUUAGAUUCUACGACUUGUGUAUCUCCAUCUUCACUAGAGGCUAGCAGCCGAUCUGGGUAUCUGGGUAAGAACCUGUUUAGCGGAGAUUACUCUAGUUUAACCGUUGCUGCUUUGAGUUAACACAUGUUUUUUGAAGCAAUAUAUUGUCUUUUGUAUCGAUGUCUUUAGGGUAUUCAUCUGAAAUUAGUCCUAUUUGUGCAACACUUUCCUGAUGUUUUUUUAUGCCUUUUUAAAUGGAUUUCAAGUAUUAUUAUGUAAUUACAUUGAAUGAAGAAAGUUCAUAAACUGCUAAUGAAAUUUUA